UGAAGUUCACUUGAACAAAAAGCCCUUCUUAAUUCAGCUAUUACAUCCUCAAGCAAUGUCAUCUUAUUUCCACUAUCCCCUUUUCCUCUUCUUGCUCAUCACUCUGUCAUCCAUAACGAACCAUGCAGAGGCGCGCCGUCUCCUAGAGUCUCCUGUGCCUGAGGUUCCCAAGCCCGAAAUCCCAUCUGUACCCAAGCCUGAGUUGCCAACUCUGCCUAAGCCCGAGGUCCCAAUAUUGCCUAAGCCCGAGGUUCCAACACUGCCAAAACCAGAGGUCCCUGUGUUUCCAAAGCCCGAACUACCAACACUACCCAAGCCGGAGGUACCGACAUUGCCUAAGCCAACACUAGAAAAGGCUGAACUACCAAAGCCUACUCUACCUGAAAUACCAAAGCCUCAACUGCCAGAAUUGCCAAAACCAACAGUGCCAGAACUACCAAAGCUCCCAGAAUUAUCAAAACCUGAGGUACCAAUGGUGCCAAAACCUGAGAUCCCGACUUUGCCUAAGCCUGAGGUUCCAACACAACCAAAGCCUGAGAUCCCAGCUUUGCCUAAGCCUGAGGUUCCAACACAACCAAAACCUGAGGUUCCAACAAACCCAAAACCUGAGGCCUCGACUUUGCCUAAGCCUGAGGUUCCAACACAACCAAAACCUGAGAUCCCGACUUUGCCUAAGCCCGAGCUUCCAACAGUACCAAAACCAGAGGUACCGGCAUUGCCUAAGCCAACACCAGAAAAUGCUGAAUUGCCAAAACCCACUCUACCUGAAAUACCAAAGCCUCAAAUGCCAGAAUUGCCAAAACCUAAUGUUCCAGAGUUACCAAAGCUCCCAGAAUUGCCAAAACCUGAAGUUCCGACUGUCCCUAAGCCAGAGGUUCCAACAUUGCCAAAACCUGAGAUCCCGACUUUGCCUAAACCCGAAGUUCCAACAUUGCCAAAACCCGAGGUCCCGACUUUGCCUAAGCCAGAAAUGCCAAAGUUGCCUGAACUUCCAAAGAUUCCAGAACUGCCUAAACCAACUUUGCCAGAAGGACCCAAAUCCCGUUGAUUUGCAUCGACAUAUAUAGGAGCAUAUCAUCACGAAUCAAGUUCCGGAGAUCGACUUACUGUGGAGGGAUGCAUAAUAUUAGAAUGAUCGACUUAUAUUGUCGUUGCUGUUUACUUUUCUUAUUGUUUUCCAAUUUGUCCUUCUAUUAUAUGUAAGCUUGCUUGUAUGUUCUGGCUGUUUACAGUUUGUAAUUCUUUGUUAAUGUAAUUUAAUAUAUAUUCAUGAUUGAUUGAGGUUUUCAU